CAUAAGCUAAGGAUGGCAACAAAAGUUUCGCCACCAUCGGCACAACUAUUCCUGUUGCUUUCCUUGAUUCUUUGGCCCUCGAUAUCUGCAAAAUCAGGACACUUUGUGCUCGUUCAUGGUGCUUGUCACGGAGCAUGGUGUUGGUAUAAGUUGGUAUCUCUCCUGCAAGAUGCAGGGCACAAAGUUACAGCCCUGGACUUGGCUGCCUCCGGGAUUGAUACAAAACAGGUGUCAGAUUUGCACACCAUUGACGACUAUCAUGAACCUCUAUACUCCUAUCUAAAGGCUCUAUCGCCCGAUGAUAAGGUCAUUCUUGUUGGCCACAGCAUGGGUGGCUUCGCAGUUUCCUCCGCCAUGGAAAGAUUUCCUGAAAAAAUCGCAUUUGCAGUAUUUGUUGCAGCACAGAUGCUUGGACCUGAGCUGAGUAUAUACAAGCUCGUGGAGCACUACAAUCCGGGGAUGGAUAUAUAUGGAGACAGCAAAUUUACCACAGAUGGAAACCCUUUGGAUCCUCUUAAAAUACUAUAUCAACAUUCACCGCGUCAGGAUUUAGCACUUGCAUCGUUGUUGAUGAGAGAGAGCAAGGCUUUCAAUGAUGAUGAAUCAAGACGACAACUUCUAGUUACAAAGGAGAAGUUUGGAUCAAUUGCUAGAGCUUACUUUGUAGCCGGAGACGAUAAGAUAAUACCAGUAGAUCUUCAAAGGUGGAUGGUACAAAAUAAUCCGCCUGAUUUGGUUAGAGUAAUAGACGGUGCAGAUCAUAUGGUCAUGAUCUCUAAGCCAGAACAGCUUUACAACUAUUUGCUUGAAAUAGCUGUGCAGCUCAAGAACUAUGCUUCUAUCUAGUCUGUCGACAUUAGACGUUUAAGGCUUCUUUUGCAUAUGGUCUUCGACAUUUCUUGAUGCGUUUGCAGGUGUUUGGACCCUUUCCCAAGUUUCCAUUUCAAUGUAAUUAGUCCCUAUUGGUAUUGUUUCAAUGCUUCUGCGGGCACUAAAAUUGAUGAUAA